AUGACAAGAGCAACAGAGACAUUUGCAACAUUGGGUAUUGCUACCGUGAUUUACAUUGCCCUCUUUUUUGGUGCCCUUCCUCUUCCAGAAGUCAUUCAAGACAAGAUUAUCCCUGUGCUUCCUUGGUGGGCAUUGAUGUCAUUUGGUUCUUACAGCUUGGGAUACCUUGGAUACCAUGUGAUGACCUUUAGCGAUUGCCCUGACGCUUACACAGAAUUGAUGGGGGAAAUCCAACAAGCCAAGACGGAAUUAAGAUCCAAGGGUGUCUCCGUCUAA